AUGUCUUCAAAAGAAAAUGGUCUUCAUCCGAAACUUGAAAAUCAAAUGAAUGGUCAAUCCAACAAACGUUCAUCGAGUUCAAGACGAUGGUCUUCUUGUAGGAAUCCAAGGAUUGUUCAUGCUUCACCCUUAUCUGGAUCAAAAGAUAGACAUAGCAAGGUAAGUACAAUAAGAGGUUUAAGAGAUAGGAGAAUUAGGUUAUCUGUGCCCACAGCUCUUCAAUUAUACAAUCUUCAAGAGAGGCUAAACCUUAAUCAACCUAGCAAAGUUAUAGAUUGGUUGCUUGAAGAAACUAAACACGAAAUCGAUAAUCUUCCACCACUUCAUUUCCCACCUUUUUCUUCAAACUCGAUUUCUCAUGAGUUGAAUGUAUGUCAUCCUCCAUCUUAUCAUUCCUCAUUCGAUUUGAACCAAACACACACAAAUCAAGACACAUCUAAGAGACCAAAUCUUGAACAAGAUAGCCGCAUGUCGAGCGAAAAGAAUGAGUACACAAUUUUAAACCAACAAGGAGGAGGUGUUAAUGAAAAUUACACUAAUAACAUCAAUUUCGCCAUUCCUAUCUUUCCAAACAAUGUCAUAAUUCCAAGCAAUCCUUAUUUGAAUUGGGAGUUCUUCCCAUUUGUGAGACAUGGAGUUGUCUCGCAAGCAGAAGGCGCCGCCUAUGCUGGCCAACAGGUAUUGGCUCAGAACCAAUAUUCUUCCACUAUUGGACCUCGGCCAGAGAAUGAAAAUAGAAAACACAAACAGAUGAUUCAGAACAAUCUUCAAGUUGUGACGAGCCUCUCUUCGAUGAAUCCACUUUCUUCAAUGUUCAAUCUUCGCCCACAAAUGCAAUAG